UGGACCAGAAUGGCGACAAUGUUAUAUUCCUUUGUAUGUCAUUGUUCUUGUUAUUCGUUCACUUUAACAUUAAAAACUCUUUUAUUGUUGCCACCAGUACUUCGCAUCGCUAACCCGGAACGACCCUUCGAAGUCAUCAUCGACGCAAGUGACAUCGCCAUCGGAGCCGUGCUCAUGCUAGAUUUCGGCAAUGGUCUUCAACCAAUCGCGUACGAGUCUCGAAAAAUACAAUCUGCUGAGCGCAACUACCCGUUACACGAUAAGGAGAUGCUGACGAUUGUCCAUGCGUUCAAAAUAUGGAGGUGCUAUCUGACUGGAGCAGACGUGACGCGGGACGGAUCGAAUUCGGGUCCCAAGUUAUCGUCUACUUUGCGAAUUACUAAUUCAAGAAGUCCACAGUUCGAAUUUUAUCAGGACAUUUCGGGGUUUGAUAAAACUCUGAAGACGUUGCAGCGGUUUUAUUACUGGCCAGAUAUGGUGACGGACGUGCAGCGUUACGUGGCCGUGUGUUCGAUUAUGCCAGCGAAUGAGAUCAUUACAUCAGCGACCGACAGGACUGUUGCAGCCCUCGAGCCACCUCAACGCCCAUGGCAACUCGUGACGAUGGAUUUCGUUACAGGUCUAACUGUCCGGAUCGAGCGGAAACGACGCACUACUGGUUGUCGUCGACAGAUUGACGAAAAUGGCGCAUUUCGCACCAUGUCGUACAACCAUCACAGGCGAAGAAACCGCGCGACUAUUCAUCUCGACCGUUGUUCCGCCUACACACGGGAUACCAGCAGCAAUCAUUAGCGAUCGAGAUCAGAAGUUUAGUACGG